CCUUCACGCAAGUAAAGCUAUAAGCAAGUAGCGUGUGUCCACCCAGCUGGACACAAAUGUCAGUCCAAGUUUGAAAACGUAAUUUUCGGAGCGCAAACCAACAGAGGGACUGAACGAAGCCAGCACAACCACUAAGUCCAGCAGAUAGGAGCGGACUGAAGUCCAGCACCUUGCAUUCCGUUGUGGUGCGAGCUACAGCAGUGUCAUCUGUUCUACACGUCCUUUUGUCGUCUCGCUCUUGCUCGCGUUCGGCCCUGUAUAUUUCUACCCGGCCGCAGAAGCCAAGCACCAUGUUCACGGAGGUGCUGGUUGCCCUGGCGAUCGGGGGGCUGAUCCUCUUCCUGGUUCGGAGGAGCAGGACCCAGGCGCUGAAGACGGAGGAUGGCUGGUGGGGGGCCGGCCUGCCCCCUGGCAGUGGGGAGGACAUCACCGUCCGCCCCUUUCAAGUCGCCACCAGCGACGAGGAGCUGGAGGACCUAUACAGGCGGAUAGACCAGACUCGCCCCGUCCCCUCCCUGGAGGAUAGCCAGUUUAAUUACGGCUUCAACUCCCAGUCCCUACAUAAGGUGGUCUCCUACUGGAGAAAUGACUUUGACUGGAGGAGGCAUGUUGACAAGCUCAACCGGUACCCCCACUUCAAAACCAACAUCGAAGGCAUUGAUAUCCAUUACCUGCAUGUGAAGCCCAAAAAGGUGCCAGAGGGAUCUGCUGCUGUUCCUCUGAUAAUGGUCCAUGGCUGGCCCGGUUCCUUCUAUGAGUUCUAUGGACUGAUCCCUCUGCUGACGGAACCGUCGGACCCACAGGAUCUUGUGUUUGAGGUGGUGUGCCCCUCCAUACCGGGGUACGGUUUUUCGGAAGCGCCGCAUAAGAAAGGUUUUGAUUCAGUUUGUGCGGCACACAUCUUCCACAAACUGAUGAAACGCCUGGGCUUCCAGAAGUUCUACGCUCACGGAGGAGACUGGGGCUGGCUGGUUACGACCAACAUGGCUCAGCUGGAGCCCGGGAUAGUCAAAGGCUUGCAUGUGAACUUUGCCCCGCCGUCCAAACCAGGCCUGCCCAUGGCUUUAUCCAUCAUGCUCGGCCGUCGAUUCCCGAAGAUGUUUGGCUUCUCUGACAUGGAUGUUCAGCGUCUCUUUCCCUGCAUGGAGAAACUGGUGGUAGAGUCCAUCAAGGAGUCUGGCUACAUGCACAUCCAGGCCACCAAGCCUGACACUGUGGGCCGAGGACUGAACGACUCCCCAGUGGGUCUGGCUGCCUACAUUCUGGAGAAGUUCUCGACAUGGACUAGCCGCGACUUCAGGAACCUGGAGGACGGAGGACUCACCAGGAAGUUCUCCCUGGAUGACCUGCUGACUAAUGUGAUGAUCUACUGGACCUCUGGCUGCAUCGUCCCCUCCAUGAGGUUCUACAAGGAGAACUUUGGCAAAGGCCUCAACCAGCCUCACUCUAAGAUUCCUGUGUACGUCCCCACUGGGUUCGCCUGCUUCCCCAACGAGCUGAUCCACACUCCUAAACUCUGGGUGGAGCAGAAGUACCGCAAGCUCGUGACGUUCACGCCCAUGGCCCACGGUGGCCAUUUUGCAGCCAUGGAGGAGCCCCAGCUGAUGGCCGAGGACAUUCAGAACUUCACUAAAACGGUGGAAAAGAAGAAGAAAGAGUAGUCAAAGUACAGACAGACGGUAUUGUGGAGCAGAUGGCUGAAUUGCAUGAAUCUGGAAUACAGUGGUGAGCGCUAAGUAGAUGCGUCAUGAUUCGUGAUUGUGAAGUAGGCACUGUGUUCCUCCAUGAGCUGGAUUUUAUAAUAUAAUUAGCUCGAUCUAGUGGAAUUCCAAAUAAUACUUCUGUGUGAGUGAGCUGUGUUAUUAGUAUUAUAACCGUGACUAUAAGAUUAUAAUGUAUUUGUGGCAGUGGGGUGUGGUUAGACUCAGCUGUAGAGUGGGUGGAGCGGGGGGCGGGUGGCUCAGGGAACAUUGCCGGAAUGAUGUCUAAUCAGUCUCAGCUAGGGCUGAGGGUUAAUCAGCCUCAGCUGGGGUUAAUCUAUCUGUCUCUUCCUAAUAAAGAGCAGGAGGGACUGAGAGGCGAGAGGGAAGAGUGAGGAGCGUCACCGAGCCUGUAUUUGUGAUUGUUGAUAAUAAAAGCAUUUUGGAACUA